CAGGUGGAUUGGCGGAAGUCGCCCUCUCAUCGCCAAUUAAGACGUGGUGGUGGACAGUGACGGGGACUGAGGAUGCUCGGCCAGUCUCCGCACCUCAACGGCGGCGUCGUGUGGCUCCAGAACCCAAUGAGAGCUGUUCACUGCAACCUGAGCCAGAAUGGCAUCGACCGCCAGGUGUGCCCGGAGGACAUGACCUCGCAGCUGGAGGAGGAGGAGGAGUCCGUGGACGCGGCGCCGGUGCUGCUGGACGACGACCCGGGCUUCCAGGACGUCAGCCCGCCCGCGUACCAGCGCCGCUCGCCGCCGCACCGCUCCGUGUCCGAGUCGGAGCUGACGCGGGUGAGACCAGGCUACGUGAAGCUCUCCAAGCCGGUGGCUCUGUGGACCCAGCAGGACGUGUGCAAAUGGCUGAAGAAGCACUGUCCCACCCAGCACCAGAUCUACAGCGACUCCUUCAAGCAGCAUGACAUCACAGGGCGGGCUCUGAUGAGAUUGACAGACAGGAAACUGGAGAGGAUGGGCAUCAUGCACGACGCCCAGCGGCAGCACAUCCUGCAGCAGGUCCUGCAGCUCCGCGUCCGAGAGGAAGUCAGGACCCUGCAGCUGCUCACACAAGUCAACAGAGACGGGCCGAGGCGAACAGAGCGGAAGGUGAGACCCGAACAAUGGCCUGAUACAGUGAAGGCUGAAGGGACAGAGUGACGGUCAGGUGUGAAAAGGAGAGGGGAUGAGAUGGGAAACGGUAACUCUGAAAUCUUAUCUCGUCUCUGAGGACGAAAACAGGCAGAUAUUAAUGACACUAGUAGCUCAACAGCAGCAACCGCUGAGCUGAUAGAAGUGAACGACCAGUAACUGCAGUGGAUAUAAACAAACACAAUCAUUAUGUUCAUAAUAUGGAAUUGUAAUAAAUAAAGAUUUCGAUUAGUGUCUGAUCCUUGUACCGUUGCAGCCUGCGUCAUAUUAACGGCUUCCCGUUUCUGCAGCUCGUCCUCCUGCAUCUGAAAAUAAAAAAAAAAAAGCUCGAAUCAAGGAAAUUUCAGGUGUAUUGUUAUCCUCCUGAAAACAGUUUGGUAAUUUUUAAUAAGCCGUGAAAUUGAAAAAGUGAAACCUUGGUCUUUGAUGAUUAGAGUGCGCCUGUCAAGUACAGCUAUUCUACUGCGCUCUUCAGCCGCGAGAAGAGCAUAAUUAAAUGUGAGCGCUCGACAAAAGAAGCGAAAUAUGAAAAAGAGGAACAUUUAGUACACUGUCAAUACCUAGAAGAAAACUAAUAACGAAGAGCUUGCGAGGUGGUUUAAAAACAGUUUGUUUGCUCGAGACGUCUCGUCUCCAGAUCCACAGACGCUGGCUGUGCGGUUUAUAUUUAGGCUCAGUGUAUGUCGCCAUAGAAACAAAUGAAGAUCCUUCUGCACCUAACGCGACCGAAUUAGUUGGAUUGUUUUGUUACAGUCCUCAAUUAACUGCCUUCACAGUGUCAGAUUGUGUAAUGAUAAGGCUUUCUUCAUGGCAUUUAACCCUUUGACGCCUAUAAACACACCUUGAGUGGCUGCGUUGAAUCGCUGCGUAUUCAUCCUCAUGUUGGGAGCGGUUAAGCCGUCACGUUUCUCCCCUUUUUAUAGAAAAAAAUGUAAUUUUACUCUUCUUCUGUAUUCAAUUUCAUGCUUAUAACCAUUUCAGAGUUUUCAAUAACACCCCUCUGCCCAUAAAUAUGCUAUUACUGGUUUGUGAAGUCAUUACUCUUGAAUUACACAGCUGACAGAGCUGUAUGAAAGUGGGCUUCUGAGCACAUAGAGCUAAUCUGCCAGCGCAGACGCACGCCUGCUGUUUAUGCUUCAUUUACUGUAACAGUCUCAUUUAACAGCGACGAUGAGGACAAUUUUGAGCGAACUUAAACAUUUUCACCUUCCUUCACUUGCAUUUGCUGUUGUGACACUUUUUGGCUGCGUUGCUGCGAUUUAUUAUUUUCAUCUUGUUAUUUAAGAAGAGUCCCGUCUAAUCCGUCUUCGACGGCAGCGUCGAGCGUUUUAAAUCAACUCAAUAAUUUCCUCUUUGUUUAGCUGCUGUCUGAAUUGAAAUAUGCUUCCAGAAAUCAAGACUCGCAUUCAUUUUAUUUUUUCUCCUGCGCCUGAAUCAGAGACGCGAGAGCCUCAAAUAUGUUGGUCCCCGGGUGAGAAGGGUUCAAUAAGCUCUCGUAGAGAAGUGUGGCCCCGGGGCCGCAACCGAAGGAAGCCGUCCUGUUGUGCUUUAGUGGAGCUUGGUUCCUUCGCUCCGGGCGCCUUAAUGAAUUAUCGCUCUCUGCAUCGUGGCUCCGUGAAGGAAGAUCUGCCGUGAACAGGACCCGUUACUAGUUUCGAAUCAAAGAGCAACUGUAGAAACUUCACCCAGCUAAACACAUAUAGACUUCCUGAACUGUAUAAUUUAUUAUGAUUUAUUUGUCUGCAUUGCCUGUUUUCACUAACCUAAAAUAUUGUGUAUAAUUGGAUAUUGCGCCUCCGUUGCGUUGGUAUCAUUCCCACUGUGUCCCGUUGGCCAUCGUGACUCCAUCGUCUCCCUUCACUGUUCUCUGUGAGGACUGGAGGAGCCCGGGCGGCUGCUGUCCUUCCUGUGGGCUCCCCAGCGCUCUCAUUAUCCCAGCUCCCUCCUCAGGAUCCCGCCCUCUGCGGAGGCACGUCCUGCUCCAGCCUCCCCCGACUCCGGCUUUCCACCCUCUCGUCCGUCUCCCCGCUUCCCUUUCGGUUACUCUCUCUUUCUCGCUGCAAGCAAAGGUCAAAUUAAUUCUUUUUCAUAAUUUCCUGUCAGCGAGAUUCCUCCCUCGGAGACUCCAUUUAUGGCUCAGUGCCUGAAAGAUGAGAUUAGGGUGAAGACACAGCGAAUACCUGUGUCUGACAAAGUGAAUAAUGUUUUUUUCCCCUCCAUAUAGACUUAUAAGGUGUAUGCUAAUGUCAUACUUAAUAAAGUCACCUCCAGCUUCAUUUUUACUCUUCUUUGAAUAUGAGCACAGUGUAGACGCCUGGGAUGACACUCCACAUUAGCUACUAAUAUGGGCUCACGCUCACAAAGGAAAUGUCAUUUAGGAGCAAAUGGCUCCGCUGCUCGGGCGACACGGUGUGCCCUAACCUCGCUCAUUAACACCGCGGGCCUCUGCGGCUCCGGAAGCCUAAACACAGACGUCCACAAAAUGGCUACAGACACGGCGGACGGUAAUAACGCGACGAGGCACAGACGGCGGUGGCAAUGGCGAGGCAGAAGUUCCUUUCAUUAGGAAAAGGCGCUGGCCUUGGUAAUGAAGGUGGCGCAGACUCCCCACAGCUGCUCAGGCGUUUAUUCAGUGAGUAAAUGGAGUCCGGGCGUAUUGUGAAGGAAGAAGGAAGGAGAAAAAUCUAAAAUGAGAAUACAGUUGCUAAUGCAGCAUACUGAAAAGCACCCACCACCACCACCACCACCAUCCUUUUUUAUAACCUCAAGUUAUAACUCUCCUUGACAUGUAGUGAAGUCUCCCCGCUCAGGGCCCCCAAUUACUGACUUUCACUUCACUCCAAACGCUUCACACUGGACCGCUGGUGUCGGCCAUUUUUUUUUUCUGUGGGGAGAAAAGGAGCAGAGUGGGAGUUCAGCAGCAUCAAGGUUAGGCGAAACGCUUUUCAUCUAGUUUUACCCAGGGAAAAAAAGAGGGGAUGCGUGGAAACAACAAAAACCCAUUCCUACCCCCAACUCGGGGAUCUCAAGGACACAAGUGCAGGGAGCAGCCGGCUAUGAACAACAUGUGCGGCUCUCUUAAUGAAGUUGAGGGAAUGGGGGCACUGCUGGAAUUCAAAUUGAUGCGAGGAGACGGAAAAGGUGGAAAUGAAUGAAAGGGAGAUAAUCAAACAAGAUCAGCAGAGGCAGAGGAGGAAAUGGAGGAAGUGCACGGGUAGAAGAGCCCGAGGCACCGCCCCAGUACUCCAGUCGUACCGUUGGUGGUCUGUUCUGUGUGUUGUUACAUGCUCAGUGUUCUGACCUUUGACCCGUGGCACAGGAGAACAGAUUCCAUCGACAGGUUCAAUGACAUCACAUUGUGCUAUUUUACCAGAGUUUCCAGCGGGUCCUUGGCCACCCGAUCUCCAGUAGGGUUAAAGCAGGUAGUAGGGUUUAUAGUACAGGGAGCUUAGCCGUCCAUAUAUAAUUUGUCUUAGCAGAACUGACCCAGCUGCUUGAUGCAGCCCAAACGCUCAAUACUCUGCUCCUUCCCGCCGGUUAGAAUCCAAAGCAUCAGGUAAAGUUUCUCUCUGCAAAUCCCCAUUCAUUAGUUUAUAGUGAAAUGAGAAGCCAUCGAAUCGGUCGCCGGGCACGACGCCUGGUUCCGCUCAGUCUGCCGCUCCCUCCGGCCUCCCUGACCGCCCCGGACAUCCAGGAGCCCAGACGGCGUGGACACACCAGACUCGUGCGCCUUCAGCUUCCCAGCAUUCACUCACGGUCUUACCAACUGGAAUCAAUAGCCGUAGGACACUUACUGUACUCUGGCCAUUACCCCCAUAAACAUGCCCCAGCCCUGGCUCCGAGCUUCACUCUGGGAAUGGAGGAAAUGCACUCAAGGAGCUGUUUAGCCCGCUGCUCGCUGCCAGGGCAGGCAUUAGGCUGUUUACAGGUAGUGCCGUGGUAAAGUCAGGUUAGAGCAGGAACUGUAAUGUCUUAAUGUGGCUGUGCUGCCUUCUUUAUUUAGAAGGAUAAAUGGCAAUCAACUGUCACGAGCUGGUUCCAAGAUGGUAAAAUAUCCAGAUUUAUCGAUCCUCAUUGGGUCUUUGUGUUUAGCUCGGCCUCGUAGUCUCUGUUGCCUGCUGGUACAGACCUCAGCACGGACGAAGAGACCGACAGCCUGCACAAAUGUGCGAUAACUGUCGUAAACAAACAUGGUCGACUGGCUUCGAAGCAGCCAAAGUCAAUAAGGCAACUGCAAAAUGAUAUUUGAAGGUGGCAGAUGGAAUAAAGGAGAUUAACAGGAAUCGGCUGUAACUAGAGCCCUAAAGGUAGAAGAGCUUCACUAAUGAGGGGUCAGAAACCACAGCGGGUCAAUCAAUGAAAUAAAGACGUGAGUCCUUUCUAAAAUUACCUCCCCACUAAAGACUUUCUCACCUUUUGGUAAAUGAGGACUUUAAUUAUGCAUAUUUAUUCUUAUGGACCUUGAAGGCGCCUGCCUUCUAUGAGUGACAGACACAAAAAUGUUUAUGGACCAAGUCACAGGAACAGACACUCGGAGACGAUGCCGAGUCCAAACACGGACCAAGGGCGUUUGGAGGGAAAUGAGGUGCAACGAGUAGGUGCAUGGAAGGAAAUGAUGUAUAUUACAGCAGUUUGCGAUCACACUGUGUACCGAGGAUUUAUGGCGACGUACUUUGGGACAGUGCGGAGCCGCGGCCGAUCAUCCAUUAUUAUUGUAACAUCUCUCACUUUGGGGCCAGCGAUGAUUGAUGGGGGGCUGCUAAUGACUUUGGGUCGAAAUUGCUAUUACCACAAAAGUGACACGCAAUAUUUAAAUAGGUGGUGUUUGCAAAUGGGCAUUGUCUGAAAAGAACACAGUCAUUUGUCAAGUGAUUACUGUUAAAACGGAUCACGGGUUCAUGUAAAUUAUUAAAUAUUUCGCUAAUGCAGGAGAGGAACGUGUGAGCCAGAGAAGUCCUUUCUCCACUUUCAGUUUACGGUGUCUCCUCAAAUGCACGUUCAUGUCAAACUCAUUUGUUUUGAGACUGUUCAGAGUGUUCAGAACAUUUCUGGACAAAAGCUUUUAAGUACUUAGUGCCCUAAUCUUUAUAUACAGGCUAAUUAUAAGUAUUGUGUUUUCAGCCAUUGAGUACUUCUGUUCUAAUUAAUGUUAUUGUACUCGUGUACUCUCUAAUAGCCCCUCCGUCUUGCAAUCACUGAAAAGGCAUACGUGGCAGGGACUCACUGUAAAACACAAUUUGACCAAAAAAAACCUCCAAAGCAAGCCUUGCAUAAGAAACAGUGAUCAACCCGGCCCACAUCAGUUGUAAUUGGUGCCAUUAGUCCUUUUAUGCUUGAUUGCCUGCCAAAAUGUCAGCCUAUCUAUUUCCCUCCUGUUUUUUUACCCUGAACUGUCAGUAAUUAAAAGUGAUUGUCUACUUUUCUUGAUGCCAGCUGGGAGAGUUUGCAGCACAGAAACUUAAAACUGAAAAUGUUUUUUUUUCUUUUUUUUUUAAAGAUGUUUUUAGUGUUGAAUACUGUGGGUUGAGGAUCUUUGCAUUGGAAAUGACUGCGGCCGCUGUGUGUGGGCUGCACCGGCUUUUCAUCCAGGUGUUUGUGUAGAUUGGUUUUAUAGCUUCAAACCGCGGAGGGUGCUGGAUAUUCUGGCACAAAACCUCUAUUCUGGGACGAUGAAAUGUCCAGUGGCACAGGAUGGCCAACAUUUGGGUUCUUUAAAAAAACAGCUUGUUCCUCCUGCAGCAUCGUCUGUCGGUCCAAAAUAAGAAACCUAACAGCUGCUCUGUGAACUCCCUUAAUAUUCAGCACAGAUGCUGGUGUGAUGCAGAAUCUCACAGACUUUGGUGAUUCUCUGGCUGAGAGUCUGAUGCUCAGACGGCUUCCUGUGGCACCUGUGGCUUCAGACGACUGGAUGGAAACGCACACAGCAGGCUCCUAACUGUCAGCGUUGCAGGAGGAGAGCGUUGGGCUCAGCUUGUCCUCCAUUGAAAGUGCAGCCAGUUCAGAGGGGAGUUAUUAGAGGCCGGGGCCCCUGCUCCUUAUUGUCAGGAGAUUAAAGACAGUUUCCUGGAGUUUUUUUUUUUUUUUUUGCUAUUCCACAUGAUUGAUCCUCUCCCACCCCACCUCCACCCCCGCUGCUCUUUCACACGCCGGUCUCGUCUUCAUUUUCUUUGUUGGCUUCUUUCUGUUUUAUCUAUUUACAUGUCAGAGCUCCGUGUUGUUCAUUUUCUCUCCAGUUUGGUCCUUUUAGUCCUCCCACAGUCAUUAUCGCAUGCUCUUCUCGCCGGCGGUAGCUCCGAUUCAUGAAACUUCACUUGACUUGCUCCAUUUUCCUGCUCCUUUGCCUCCUCGCCGACUGGACCUGUGCGUCUGACACCGGCCCGCUGACCUUUAACCCCGGCAGCCGCUCGGCUUUGGUGAUGUUCCCGGCGUAAUCGCAGCUUUUGAUUAUCUCCCAGAGUCGACUGCAGGACGGCCGGGCAGCGCCGCCGCUGCUGCAGCUAAUGAGGGAUGCCUAGUGUUUUCCUCCGCCGACUGACUCCUUGAUUUAUUGCCUCACGCGCUCCGUACCUGCGGCUGCAUUGCUGUACAUUAGGAAACUGUAAAUAAUGAAGUUGGCUCCCACCGGCGUGGGCCUUCCCGUGGUCUUCUCGCAGAAGGGGAUGCUGAUGCUAAAUAGCUGCGUGUGUCUAGCGUUGAUGAAGGGAUCGGAGUGAUUCCUCUUGUGGAAUAGCUCUUGACGUGACAUUAAAGCCUGACAUAUAGCGCACGCUGGAAAUAAAAACGCUAACAUCCUCGCAGUACAUCAGAGUUACGCCUAAUGAUGAUGGCGACACUCCAGGGGGCCGUGGUACUGUACUUUAGCCUCCUGUAGCUUUGAGGAAUAUUCUUAAUAUGAUUUCAUUCGAUUCUACUGAUAAAAUGAGGCAUUGACACUGUGUUCAGCCGCAGCUACGGUUACUGUCACUGAUCAAAUGUGGAUAAUGCCUCCUGCAGUCUCUCAGGGCCCAUGUUGACAUCUUCAAAUCGCCUAUUUGGUCCAACCGCAAAGUGAAAGAUGACAUGUUGUGUCUCAAAAGACGGCUGAAGUAUUAUUUAAAUUUAGAUCAAAUCUUCAACAGCUUUUGCUGAUCAAAAUGAUUGUUGGAACAGCUGAUAGAUUUGUCACUAAUUAUAGCAGAUACAAUUGUGAUACUCUGCUAAAGUCCAAAGCAUCAGCCACGUGUCAGUCAUUUGCAGCACCGCUGUCAAUCACACCGUUUUCCAGCGGAAUGAUUGAGGCGAGGUGUCAAACUGUCGGAGUUUAUCGUUGUCAGUGCAGCAGCCAAAGCAGAACGGUGUUGAUAUAUCGUCUUCUGCCUCCUGUCUCGCGUAUGUUCUGCCUCCAAGAGCUCACGUAUCCCGCAGCUUUGUCUGCAUCAGGUGUGCGUUGUCUGAUACGCAAGGACACAAAAUGGCAGCAUCUUUUUUUUUUUUUUUUUUUUUG